AUUUGUUCACGAACUGUGUGUGUGUGUGUGUGUGCUAGUUUUUGAUGUUGGUAUAAUACGGUGGUAUAUUUUAAUGCGAUAAGGGUUCUACUUUUGUAGAAAACAAAGUUGGUAGAAGCAUGAGAACUUGCAUGAGGAAAGUAUUAGUUACGUAAACAAUUGUGACUGAUCAGAGCUAUGAUUGGUAUUGAAGAAUCUUUGGCUGUAGAGGUGACCAAGCAAGCUAUUCGGAAGAAGGUGUGGCAUUAUUUGGAAAAAAAUAAGUUUGCGUAUUUUCCUCGGCCUGUUCACGGACGUAUACCCAAUUUCAAAGGUGCUCCAGAGGCAGGUCAGAGAUUGUCAAAGCUUGAUGUUUUCAAAAAUGCAUCCACCAUCAUAGUGACUCCAGAUAAACCACAAGAAGAAGUCCGAUUUCUAGCUCUAGAAGCAAAGAAGAACUUGUUAGUGCCGAUUCCAGGGUUACGCUCAGGAUUAUUCCAACAUGUGAAACCCCCUCCAGGUGCCUCAAAGCAAGAGCUGAAGGUAGUUUCUUCCCAGGAAUGCUUAGACCUGUGGGUUACACCUGUUGGUCUUAAUGACAAAGUCAAAUUGGAUCUUUUUGUUUUAGGGUCUGUUGCUGUUUCAAAGGAAGGAUACAGAAUAGGGAAAGGAGAAGGUUAUGCAGAUCUUGAAUUUGCAAUGAUGAUGAAGAUGGAGGCUGUGAACCAGAACACUACUGUUGUUACAACAGUACAUGAUUGCCAGGUGUUCAAGACAUUACCUGCACAGCUCUUCAAGGCUCAUGAUGUACCUGUGGAUUUCAUUAUAACGCCAACCCAAGUGAUAGAAGUAGAUCCACGUCUUCCCAAACCUAAUGGCAUAAUCUGGAGCUUUCUUUCAAGGCAACGACUGAAUGAUAUACCCAUUCUGCAGACUCUUCGAGAAGCAGAGUUGGGUGAAGGAAAUGACUGCACACUGAAAGAAGUUGACACUGAUAUUAAAGAACGUCAAAGAUCUAAUUGGCAUGGUGGCAGGAGGAAUCACUUCAGAAAACAUGAUAUUUGCAAGCCGGCUGCUUCAGAGGAUGCUGUUGCGGGAUCACAGCUAUCUGUGCUUGAUGGCGAGGACAUUCAAAGCAAAGGGCCUACACGUUUAUUCCAGCUCCGUAAUGUUGCUAGGAAGAACACAACAUCCACAUCUGAAGAUAUAUCUGGUGAAGAAGUUAACAAGAAUGAGAGUGUUCCUGGAAAAGAUACAGAGAAGGAACGUCGGCGAUUCCGUCCUCAACAGCGACCUGCAAUUGAGUUCAAUCUCAGAGUUGGCAAUAUUGCACCAUAUGUCCGUGUCAGUGACCUCAAGGCAGCUUUAGCAGAGAGAGACAUCAAACCCACUAAUAUCACGUGGCGUGGCCACAGAGGCUUUGCUAUCCUUCACUUUGCUAAAGCAGGAGGCUCAGGACACUCAAUGCCUUCAUCUCCUGUAUCUGUUGACAGUAUUGUGGCAUCCCUCCAGGAUCUCAAGCUUGGAGCUGAAAGGAGAGGGGACUUUCUCAAGGUUGAACCUGUAAAACCAGUCACAAAAAUUGAGGUGACAGAUAUUAGUUCUGUAUAAUGGUUUUGCCAUUUUGAAAUGACUUCCUUAUUACUUACUGUGUGCCAAUAUUUAAGCAAACAGUUAUUUAACCCCUUGUCAUUUAAAAUUCAUUUAAUAAUACUAUCUUUCCCACUCAGAAUAAUUUAUCUUUCUCUCCUUUUCUGCUUUUGUGUUUAUUUUUCUUUCUAUCUUUUUAAAUUCCCUGUGUAUACACUACAUUUCAGUGUUCCAAAUUCAGCAUAGGACAUAUAAUUUUACUUAAUACAAUGCAGCAUGGGGUUAAAAUAACUUAAUGGCCUACUUUCUUAGAGAAAGUAUGUAGUUUGUAGUAAAAAUAUAUAGUCGGACUGAAUUUAUUCUUGAUUUCAUUCAAGGGACACUUUAUCUGCUCUUAGUUAUAAAGGAAGAAAAAUAUCUCAGUUCCUCACUUACAUGUCGUUCAUGCAUAUAUAUAUAGUGUUAACUCAUUUGUGUCUAAUUUUAAAUUGUUACAUUUUAUUAAGUCACAUCAAUUUCUCCUAAAAUAAAACGUGAUACAUAGUCCUUCAGGAAGUUAUGUAAGUUACAUAUUUAAUUUACUUUUUUAUGUGCUUGGCAUGUAUGUAUGAGUGUAUGCAUUGGAAGAUUGUUAAUGAAAGGAACGUAAAAUACAUUUCUUAAGAGCAACUUUCAAAUAUACAUCACACUAUUACAAGAGAAUAAAAUUCAUAAAAUAUAACUUAAAUGUAUAUUUUUAAACAUACAUUUAAAAUUAACACAGACAUUUUUGAACACCAGAAAUAUGUGUUAUUUUUUUGUAUUACAUAAUUAUUGAAGAUCAAUAAAGAGACCUGCUAUUUUUUUUAUAAAGACUA